AUGCAUACGAAGACAGCUUUGCUUGCCUUACUUGGAACGCUUGUCUUCUCAAUAGGACUGGUUCGAGCUGAUGAUCCCGUUGAUGGUGAAAUCACUGAGGAUCAGGAUAUCAUCAGAUCUGACGAUGAUGACUUGACAGUGACUUCUUCUGCUGACGCUGUUGUUUCUUUUAUCUUCACUGAACCCGCUGACGCUAAUACUGUAAAAGAAAUUUAUGGUGGAAAAGUUGUGAAAUACCUCAUUGGCUUCCAAAAUCGAGGUGAAAAGGACUUCAUUGUCAAACAUUCCGAGACGUCAUUCCGUUAUCCAAUGGACUUCAACUAUUAUCUUCAAAACUUUACUCUUGGUCAAUAUAAUCGCCGUGUUGCACCCAAGGAAGAAGUUACCCUGGACUAUGCUUUCUAUGCCCACGAGAGUUUUGCAGGACGCCCUCUUGGACUUGUAGUUAAUCUCCAUUAUGAAGAUUCGGAAGGACACUAUGUUACCAAUGUCUUCAACGAAACCGUCACUAUUCUCGAAGACGACUCUGGCUUUAACACAGAGACCGGCUUUAUGUAUCUCGUUUUUGCCAUCAUCAUUAUUCUUCUCCUUCUUGUUGGUCAACACUUCCUCAAUAAGUUCACUCGUAAAGCUGGUAUGCAGAAAAAGCGUCAGCCAGUUGUAGAGCAAGGCACCAGCAACUCGGAAGUCGAUUUUGAAUGGAUCCCGAGGGAAAUCCUGAAGCAGAAUGAGAAGAAAUCGCCAAAACCAGGUUCACCACGCAAUAACGGUAAAACAAAGAAGACUAACUAG